GGAGAAAGUGCUCCAGAGGCAGGGGAGAAGAGAAUCCUGGCUGUGAUGCCAAAUCCAUGGCUGAUCCUGAUGCUGGUGGGCCCUGCUGCGGGUCUUGGGCUGUCUACGCCCCUGUCCUCGAUUUACGUCUCCCGUGGAAAGACAGCCUUGCUCUCAGCCUCGUUGAAUUUGUCUUCUUUGGCGCCUAACUAUUUCCAGAUUCGAUGGCAUUUCAUCACCGGCCCAUGGCUGAUGUUGAUUGUGAAAGCUGAUAACUGCAAGGGAGGCAAUGGUAGCCAUCACUGGUGGGAUGCCUGUGAGUUCACAGUGGAGAAAGCAGAGAGAUACAGGCAUCGGGCAGAAUGGUCUUCUGAAGAUGCUUCGCUGAUAUUACAGGACGUCAGAGUAGAAGAUUCGGGGGUUUAUGGCAUCAAGUUUCUGGCUUUGGGUGUAAGACUGUCAGCCCACAUCAACCUAACGGUGAUCAAUGAAACCAGCAGUACCCAGUCCAAUGCUGCAGCCUUUGAUGAUCAGAGAAAGGGAACCUCUUCUAGCAAAAGCACAAAUGUAGCAGCAGAUGGGGCAGCUCCUGCCUCUUUGGUGAAGGCAGCACCUGGCAGAGACUCUACGGUGCCCAAUAUCGUCCAGCUGAGCAUUGCCGGCCUGAUUCUCUGCAUCCUCGGAUUGAUCAUAGCAGAGAAUGUUGCCUUCUCUUCCUGCACAGCACGAGAGACAAGGGAGUAUCGGAUGGGAAUUCCCCUCUCCCCCAUGCUGAGCAACGUUUCCUGACUUGCGAAAAUGCCAGAGUCAAGUGAUCUGGACAAGCAGCAUUCUAAAUCUGCUGCUGAUCUUCUUCAGUCCUUUGCAUCAGAGCAUGUCUUUGCCUUCUCAGCUACUGAAGUCUUUGUAUGGGAUAGAUGAAUUUAUGCAUGAGGGGCAAACCCAUUUCUCUAGGAGGAAGUCUACAGUUGCACUACACAGCUCCUGGAAUGGGACUGUAAGGCCAUGGCUGGCUAGAAUGUACCCAUGAAUCAUUUUUGGCAUUAACAGCAUUUGCAUGUGACACAAGGGUCACGUGCUUGGAAGAUUACACUCUCAGAAAUGGGUGCAGCAUCUGGCUGCCAGUGGGUCUGAGCAAAGCCACCUUCCCCAGCUGCUUGCUGUCCAGAUAGUUGGAUUUCUACUCCUGUAAAUCCCAACUAGCAUGGUCAAGCAUUCCAUUGUUGGAAGGAUUCAAGCAAACUGCCCCCCUUCUCUUGCAAACUGCCAUUUUCUAACCACGUCUUCCCCCGGCAGACCCUUCCCACCAAAAACACUUCCCCAAACUGGGUAAGAAGUGGGAAACCCCAGGGCAAAAGGUUAAGACAGAAGGAAAUGACUUAAACAUGAAAAGAUCACAAUAAAAUAGGAGGAAACCAACACGUGCCAUAAAGGAACGUCCCGAUAACCUGAUCAAAUUCCCCGCAAGCCGAUCAGGUCAGGAAACUGAGAGGACAAAAGCAGAGAGGCAACACCUUAGCAUAAAUAAAGGAGAAGGGGCUUCCCCUCAGAAUAACAAUAAUUUAAACCCAACAGGCAAAAGCCACAGUCCUGCAGAGAGCCCAACUGACCGCAGGAAUGCCUCUGAUCUUUGAUCAAUUAUGCUCUCUCAGAAUUCAUAGAAAGUGCCUCCUUCCAAGAAACCGACUAAGCGCAA